GGUGAACCUGUACGUGGCCGGUUGUAGGUUUCUGCCGCAGAACUCAAAUCCCCCGUCCACAGAAGUCCUGCAUUGAGUUUGAUUGGAAGAGAUAUCUUCUCCUGCUAGCAAGAUGUUCCAGAACGUGCUUCGCCAUGCGGUCCGCUCGGUGGCAUCGGUUGGUGCCCGUGCCACGGUGGCAACGCCCGGCAGUGCGAGCGCCUACUCGAGCUCCUCGUUCGGUACGGCCCGCGGCCCAACCGGUCCCGUGACCUUCCUCAGCGAGGACGAGAUGGUGAUGAAGGAGACGGUCGCGAAGCUGGCCCAGGAGCAGAUCGCACCGCUCGUGAAGAAGAUGGACGAGGAGCACCAGUUCGACCCGUCGGUCGUGCGUGCCCUGUUCGACAACGGGCUGAUGGGCAUCGAGGUGAACGACGAGUACGGGGGUAGCGCGUGUAACUUCAUGACUACCAUGCUGGUGGUGGAGGAGCUAUCGAAGGUGUGCCCGGCGACGGCCGCCUUCGUCGACAUCCACAACACGCUGGUCAACUCGCUCAUGAUGAAGCUCGGCACGGAGGAGCAGAAGCGCAAGUACCUGCCCAAGCUGAGCCAAGAGUACAGCGGCAGCUUCGCCCUGUCCGAGCCGUCGGCCGGAUCGGAUGCGUUUUCGCUCAAAACGACCGCCAAGAAGGACGGCAACCACUACGUGCUGAACGGCACCAAGAUGUGGAUCUCCAACUCGGACCUCUCGGGGGUGUUUCUAAUCAUGGCGAACGCGAACCCGUCCGCCGGAUACCGUGGCAUCACCACGUUCAUCGUGGAGCGCGAGUACGAGGGCUUUACCGUGGGCAAGCGGGAGAGCAAGCUCGGUAUUUGCGCCUCCGGUACCUGCACCCUCCACCUGGACAACGUGCGCGUACCAGAGGAGAACAUUCUGGGCGAGUUCGGCAAGGGCUACCAGUACGCGGCCGGUUUCCUCAACGAGGGCCGCAUCGGUAUCGGUGCGCAGAUGAUCGGGUUGGCGCAGGGUUGCCUCGAUGCCACCAUUCCCUACCUGCUCGAGCGCAAGCAGUUCGGCUCGGACCUGUACUCGUUCCAGGGCAUGCAGCAUCAGAUCGCAACGAUCGCUACCGAGAUCGAAGCCGCCCGGCUGCUGACAUACAAUGCCGCUCGGCUGCAGGAGGCUGGCGUGCCGUUCCUGAAGCAGGCGGCGAUGGCCAAGUACUACGCGUCGGAGGUGGCCCAGCGUACCACGGUCAAGUGCAUCGACUGGAUGGGCGGUGUCGGCUUCACAAAGGACUUCCCGCAGGAGAAGUUCUAUCGCGAUUGCAAGAUCGGUGCGAUCUACGAGGGUACGACCAACAUGCAGCUCAGCACGAUCGCAAAGGUCAUGCGAAAGGAAUAUCAGUCGUAAAACGACACGGAGCCGGUACAAGGGAAGGUAACGACAGAGUGAAGAACAACCGUGCAUUAUAUACGUGGAAGGAGAGCAUAGAUGAGAGUUUGGCAAAGAUGUCGCGUUACGUAACCCCGUGGAGCUCACGCAAUUACUGCGGGCAAACGAGAAUAUUCCGCUGCAAACGAAAAAAAAACAACGAAAACACUACCACAAACUCGUUUGGCUGUGUUCACAGAUAAACUGUGAUCGAAUGUAAAAAAAAAAAACUCAAGAUGGCCUUUGCAUCCAAGUAACCGCGAGAAGAUUGGAGCGAGUUUGGCGGUUGGCGAUUCUUUUUCCCGUCUUCGGUAUCGUCUACGCGAUUGUGUGCGUAAUGAUAGUAAAGACUUCUGCGCGAUAAGCUGCACCGUACCGCGACAUAAGGUUUUGUUUUUGCGUACAUUUUGGUAACAAAAAUAACACAGGGAAAAUAGUGAAGCAGGAGGAACGGAAGAGAGGUGGCAAAAUUUUAUCACCUGCAAAGAUAGUACGCUCUGAAAAAGGGUAAUAAGAAAAUCCAGCAGUAGGCAUAGCUUAAGACGAGCUUUUGCUGCUCAUAGCAACGGAGUGUUUAAAGUAUGCCGACACGUGAAAUUGAUGCAUUUAUUACGAUUAUGAAAACAAUAUUAUUACUACCAUUUAAAAAGUGGCAGGGAAAGGUAGAAGAAGGACGUGAGCAAGGACAAACUUGAAACGACCGGGACUAGGCAGUAGGGACCGCUGAAGCAGUUGUAUUCCAAGGGGGGACUAUUUCGAUGGGACCAUUUCGAAAGGGUACGUCUGCUUUUGCUCAAUCUAAAUCAGCACAAAAAAAAACCUGAAAAAAGGCAUGACCUUUAAAACCCUUUGACGAUUUAGGCCUCAGCAUUUAGUAGUAGUAAGCUGUUAAUGUUUCUUUAUUUGCGUACGAAAUAAAAGAUGUCCAGAGAUUUAUUAGCUAAA